AUGGACUUCGUACCCCGGAACAUCUGGGACGUACUUCCAUUCUCUAAGAACCCAGGUGGCCAACCCAGUAUCUGCCAGACUUGCGGCCAGGCGGGACAUAUAGAAGACAACCACGCCGCAAUUCCAAACCCGAACGCAAUAACAACGAUUCAGACACUGCCACCUGAGUUGAUGCUCAAUGUCCUUGCGAACUUGCCCGCGAGAGAAAUCCAAGGCUGCCGAGCUGUUUCAAAAGGGUUUCGUGAGCUGAUAGAUACUCCAACGAACGAUGCAGCACUCUUGCGCACUGUUCAAGAACGGUAUGAUGGCUUGGCGGACGCUGAAUAUCUCACCGGCACUCCCGAAGAACCCAGCUUUCUCAAAUUUCUCUUCACUUACCUGGCUAGGCGUGGAGUCUGGAGAUCUACCGAACACACGUUGCGAAACAUAGAGAUUGCCGUUGCUUUCUUUGCAGCGAGCGCCUCCCCCGCAAUUCGGCCUCUGGUCCACGGUGAGCACGUAACCAUGAAUGGCAUGCACUACGAUGCGCCUCUGCAUCUCUUCGCGUGGCUCAAUUCUGUCGGGGCGGCGUUGGUUCAGGCUUACAUCGACACUAACUUGCCGUAUCUCACCACAACCCCCGACGGUUGGACACCGAUAAUGUGCGAUGUUACCACGAUCGACCGAUUUCUUGCAAUCGUGGACAGCACAGAGGCUUGCCACGAUUGGAGAGCUGAGGCCGAACAAUGGGGUCUAACGUCACUGAGUCGUGAACAGAUCCGUCAGUGGUACCUCGACAUCAAGGCUCGCAAAGAGCCGAAGGUCCCUUCUCAACCUCCGUCAGCAAGCAAAAGCAUUGGCCGCAACGGUCUCCUCCACAUCCCACAGUCUGGUGACGCAUGCCUCGAAAUCCCGAAGCUCGUCAUUACUACCGUCCGCCAUUGGCCACAAUGUCCUGAAGUUCUCGAGUGGGACUUGGACGGAUUCACUUGUAUUCGCUAUGGUUGGCUGAAGAGCACCGAACUGAGCGAUAUACUCGGAGUGACUGUUCCAGAACUUGAUUUGGGAGGAGCCUAUUGUAUUCGAAGCACGUGGGCCGCCAUGACUCUCUUCAAGGCCAAAAAAGGGAAAACCUUGACAGCUUGGGAGCGGGCUGCCAUACUAGAGGAGCUCUACGUGUUUUGA